AUGUUGCUGAGCCCUCCGCCCCAACUCUGUCUGCUGCUGCUGUGGGCCGGCGCGGAGCUCUGCUCUCCCUCUGCCCUCCGGCUCUCGCACGGCGGGACCCCCGGCCCUGUCCGGUCUUCCUCGCCCGUGGACGUGGUAUGUCUGGAAGCCCAGCUGGUGGUGACUGUCAGCAGAGACCUCUUCGGAACCGGGAAGCUAGUGGAGCCCGCGGAUCUCAGCCUGGGCCCUGAGGGCUGCCGGCCCGUGCCCUCCCUGGACGCCAGCGUGGUCAGGUUUCAGGUGCCCUUGCAUGAGUGUGGCAACAGAGCGCAGGUGACAGAGGAUGCCCUGGUGUACAGCACCUUCCUGCUUCAUGACCCUCGCCCUGUGGGAAACCAAGCUAUCCUGAGGACUAACCGCGUGGAGGUGCCCAUCGAGUGCCACUACCCCAGGCAGGGCAAUGUGAGCAGCCUCGCCAUCCAGCCCACGUGGGUUCCCUUCAGCACCACGGUGUCCUCGGAGGAGAAGCUGGCCUUCUCUCUGCGCCUGAUGGAGGAGAACUGGGAUGCUGAGAAACUGUCCCCCACCUUCCACCUGGGAGAGGCAGCCUACCUCCAGGCUGAGGUCCACACUGGCAGCCAUUUGCCGCUGCAGCUGUUUGUGGACCACUGUGUGGCCACUCCAUCACCGGACCAUACCGUGUCCCCAUAUCACGUCAUCGUGGACUUCCAUGGUUGCCUGGUGGAUGGUCGAUUUGAAGGCUUUUCUUCGUUUCAAGCCCCGAGACCCAGGCCGGAGACUCUCCAGUUCACAGUUGAUGUGUUCCAUUUUGCCAAUAGUUCCAGAAAUACGAUGUACAUUACCUGUCACCUCAAAGUCACUCCCGCUAACCAAGCCCCAAACCAGCUCAACAAAGCCUGUUCCUUCAACAAGACUUCCAGUAGUUGGUGGCCAGUAGAGGGCACUGCAGACAUCUGUGAAUGUUGUAACAACAGCGACUGUAGCAUCCAGGGCUCUUCCAAGAACCAGACCCACAAAGGGAACCAGUGGCCCAGGUCGGCUUCCAGAAUCCGCAGGCACGUGACAGAGGAAGCAGAUGUCACUGUGGGACCACUGAUAUUCCUGGGAAAGGCCAGUGAACAAGCUGUGGAGGGCUGGACCUCUUCCUCACAUACCUCUGUGGUACUAGGCUCAGGACUGGCCACGGCGGCAUUUCUGAUUUUGGCUGCUAUUGUCCUGGGCGUCUCCAGGAGAUGCCCCACCAGCCUCUACCCAGUGUCCUCUUCUCAAUAA